AUGGUCAUUUCUCGUUACCUACUAACAUCCAACUACCCCCUGUCAGAAAGUCGACUAAUUAGUUCAUCAUUUCACCACCGAACCAAAACAUAACAAAGUUCACCCAAGGAAUCGUCUCGCGCCUCCCCGCUAUAACAGGAACCCGGGAACAAUGCCUCAACAUAACAGCAACCCCAGGAACCAUGCACAGAUUGGAUGGCUCUGUUUCAACGAACGCUGGCUUGAGUUAGCAGCGAGUUUAAGACAAGCCGGGCGAGAGGAUUGCUACAUUACUGUCAAAUAGCCCGUACUGCCUGAUUGAUUUUAGAGUUGUCUGUUUCACCGAAUUCCCACCUUAGUGUUGAGGAUUUAAAGUUUUGUUCAUUACGACAGUCGCGGAUAAGGAUUAACGCGCAUUUAGGAAAUGGUAGGCCCGGCAGUCUGGACGCUGGACGCUAGACGCUAGACUCUGAUGAAGGAACGUGCCACUUUGUGACGGAACACAACGGUGGCGACACGUGCACGGGACAUCGACAACAUGGCGCAACACAACGUGAUGAAAUCGUGAGAAGCAAUAUGUCAUAGAUAAUAUCUACACGAACGUGUAUUUGUAAACUGUUAUUGGAGGUUCUGCAGAUCCAUAAGGCCAAGUUCAAGGUGUGGUCUACGGAUGAGACCAGUUGACGUCUUUCACGCGACACACGUGUGUUUGUGACAUCAUAAUAAACGCCCAUUUGAGCCUUUAGGGUGUACCUGUAUAUAAAAAAAGCCAUUUCAUUGUUUAUCAAACACCGCGACUUUAAAGACUUUGGAUGUAGGGGAUCUUACUGCGAAGAGGUGAACGUCAUUUCACGUAAUUGGCCUUCGAUGACAAGGAUCUCUAAGUUAGGAUGCAGGCUUGAUCCUGGACUGUGACCUAUUGGUAUUGAAUACAGCCAUCGUUGAGAUGCAGCAGUUGAUGUGUUAGGCUGUACAACUCAACGAUCUUGAGGCACACUCGCAUUUUACAAGCAGUGUUUAUGCAAUAGUAGGAAAGAUGAGCUCAACAGGUAAUACUGCUGAAGAAAGGGUCAUCGUGGUCCAUUACUGACCAACCGUGGACGUAGAGACAUCACGUGCGUGUAACUAUUCUGUCCAACUAUUCGAUUUCAUAGGACCAAUUUCAUCUGGAUCAUAGUGUCAACUCCUUAAAACACGCCACCGUAUUUAAACAACUGGAAGGGUAUGUCAUAAACCGUAAUUGGAGAGGGAGUUCAGCAAUUGUUGGAAGAAAGUUACCAGGUCAUCAUUUUACCCAGGACGGAAAUUAGAGUUCAUUCCAGUAAAUCAUUAUUUUGGAAAACGUCACGGGAUUGAAGCUGAAGAGGAUUAAGGACCGGAUUUCAAUCAAUCAUUGUUUAGGACAAGGAUACCAUCAUCUGACCAGCGAUGCGUCUCUUGACCAUUGUCCGCGCCCUGCUGGUACGGCUGCUGUUCGCCACCCAUGGUUUCAUCGCCAUCUGGAGACUGUACAUGGUGAAGGGGCAGAUAUGGUGCUGGUACCUGUCUGGGGCUCUGGCUGGUCUGCUGAUUGAGACCAUCGUCACCCUCUGUAAGAAGAAGGGCAAGGAAUGGAAAUGGUUCUGUCCGAGCGUGUUCUUCUAUCUGGGCAGCGUUGUGCCCGCUAUCUGGUUCCUGGAACUUCACGCCAUGGAAGAGCGGAUUGCCGAGAAGGAAAAUUUCAACACCACCAUCAUCGGUCGCAACAACACCGCCGAGGACCUCACCAUGACCAUAGCGGAGUUGGGGCUGGAGAUCAACAUCCCCCUGUCUCUGGACGCGGACCUCUGGCUCCGGACAAUAGAACAGUUCCUCCUCCUCAUGCUCAUCGUUGGGCGAUGGAUGUUGCCCAAGGGCGCCCUGUCACAUGACCAGCUGUCUCAACUCUUAUUGGUCUACGUGGGUACGGCAGCUGAUAUAGUCGAGUUUUACGAGGCCUUCAACGAGGAGGAGGUAAAACACAACCGACUGCUAUGCUACAUAAUUCUGGGAAUAUGGUCCGCAAGUCUCAUCCAAUUCACGUUAGUUCUCACAGCCACGAGAGCUCGGCGAGACCAGUCCGGGGUUCCCACCCAGUACAACAAGGAGGAAGAAGGUGGAUGCUGCAAUCCGGAGAUCUACGGAAUCAUGAUUUCCAUUGCCUUACAGGAUCUUCCCUUCCUCGUUGUGCGCAUGCUCCUCAUCUUCAGAUACGGUGUCGUGAGCUACACUAAUAUGUUUUUCACCUCCAAGAACUCCUUGGUCAUCGUGUUGUUGAUUUAUCGCCUGGUGGUGGUCCAGAUGGAGGCGGUCAAGUCGGACAAGACCACCUCUCCCGCCACGCGGCAGUCACGUGUUCAUGACAUGCCAAUCUACGAUGGUAAGGCCAGCCUUAUCUCCCCUGAUCGAGCCCCGAACGUGUAUGCCUCAAAUCCGAGAAGACCGCCUCAGUUUCGACAACAGGAAAAUUCCAAAGUUUGACGUGUUUAUGUGUCUUCUGAAACUUUAAACACUCGGUGGAUAUCAUAUUAUUGUUCUUAUUCAAACUGAUGACAAUAUCCAUGCCUGAUUAUGCGACUACAUGUGAUAGAAGCCCUGAACAUAUAAUUUCAUAAUCUGAGACUCGUAUUGAACAGAUCGUACCAGUUGUAUCCGGUCUCAUCGGUAUUGAUUGGAAAAUGUGUGUUCUAUAUUUUUCAUGGAGUAUUUAAAUCAAUAGGUUUACCUAUGACAUACUUUGUUACCCAUUUGGUAAAAUACUAAGAACUGGUGUUUAGAAAUACGAUUUUAGAUGCAGUGUUGAGUUCUUGUCAACGGCCAUGUGUACCCAGCUUACAGACCUAUCAUUUUCUGGU